AUGAAGAAAAUGCCAACCAGACAAACUCCACUUAACUCCGUCUGGAACAUGUUAAGCUUUCGAGUUGUGGUCCUAAUUUUGGGAUGUCUUCGGUUAACUGAAGCUGCAACCAACACACUCAACCAUGGUGAUAAGCUUAAUUCCAAUUCAUCUGAUUAUCUUGCAUCCCGAAAUGGAGCCGUCACCUUAGGCUUCUUCAAACAAGAGUAUGGUCAGACUUGGGAUGACAAACAAUUUGGAUAUUAUUUGGCUAUGUGGUACACUGAAGACAAGUCGAACUGCUCGAUCUGGUUGGCUAACCGAGACGACCCAAUCGCAGAUGACUCGGGAGUUCCCACGGUAGACGAUACCAGACUUAAAAUUAUUUGCAGCGGUGGGAAUCCUAUCAGACUUUUCUCACUCCAAUCUACCUCUAUCACCAUUAACAGUUCAGAUACGAAGCUUGUCUUGCAAGAUUCAGGCAAUCUUGUUUUGCAAGGUACAAACAAAGUGUUGUGGCAAAGCUUUGAUUAUCCAACUGACACUUUCCUGGCUGGGAUGAAAUUGGGUGUCAGCCAUGGGGCAAGGUUGUGA